GGAGGGGAAGGAGUCUGGCGGCCGUCGCGCUCUCUCUCGCCCUCACUGCCGGCCGUCCCAGCUCCAGGCACCAUGCUCCGUGCGGGCCCCCCGAGCCACACCCUCCUCCGGCUCCCCCGGCUGCAGUUGCUGCUGCUGCUGCUGGUGCAGGCCGUGGGGAGGGGGCUGGGCCGUGCCAGCCCGGCCGGGGGCCCCCUGGAAGAUGUGGUUAUCGAGAGGUACCACAUCCCCAGGGUCUGUCCCCGGGAAGUGCAGAUGGGGGAUUUUGUGCGCUACCAUUACAACGGUACUUUCGAGGACGGCAAGAAAUUUGACUCGAGCUAUGACCGCCACACCUUGGUGGCCAUCGUGGUGGGCGUGGGGCGCCUCAUCACCGGCAUGGACCGAGGCCUCAUGGGCAUGUGUGUCAAUGAACGCCGCCGCCUCAUUGUGCCUCCACACCUGGGCUAUGGCAGCAUCGGCGUGGCGGGGCUCAUCCCCCCCGAUGCCACCCUCUACUUCGACGUGGUCCUGCUGGAUGUAUGGAACAAGGAGGACACCGUGCAGGUGAGCACCUUGCUGCGCCCACCCCACUGCCCCCGGAUGGUCCAGGACAGUGACUUCGUGCGCUACCACUACAACGGCACGCUGCUGGAUGGCACCGCCUUCGACACCAGCUACAGUAGGGGUGGGACUUAUGAUACCUACGUGGGCUCUGGCUGGCUGAUCAAGGGCAUGGACCAGGGGCUGCUGGGCAUGUGUCCUGGAGAGAGAAGGAAGAUCAUCAUCCCUCCAUUCCUGGCCUAUGGCGAGAAAGGCUAUGGGACGGUGAUCCCCUCGCAGGCCUCGCUGGUCUUCCACGUCCUACUGAUUGAUGUCCACAACCCAAAGGACACUGUCCAGCUGGAGACACUUGAGCUGCCGCCUGGCUGCGUCCGGAGAGCCGUGGCUGGGGACUUCAUGCGUUACCACUACAACGGGUCCCUAAUGGAUGGCACUCUCUUUGAUUCCAGCUACUCCCGCAACCACACCUACAAUACCUAUGUGGGGCAGGGUUACAUCAUCCCUGGGAUGGACCAAGGCCUUCAAGGCUCGUGCAUGGGGGAGCGCCGGAGGAUCACCAUCCCCCCCCACCUUGCCUACGGGGAGAACGGGACUGGAGACAAGAUCCCUGGCUCUGCUGUGCUGAUCUUUGACGUCCACGUGAUCGAUUUCCAUAAUCCUGCGGAUCCAGUGGAAAUCAAGACGCUGUCCCGGCCCCUGGAGACCUGCAACGAGACGGCCAAGCUCGGGGACUUUGUUCGCUACCACUACAACUGCUCUCUGCUGGAUGGCACCAGGCUCUUCUCCUCCCAUGACUACGGGGCCCCUCAGGAGGCAACUCUGGGGGCCCACAAAGUGAUCGAAGGCCUGGACACGGGCCUGCAGGGCAUGUGCGUGGGAGAGAGGCGGCAGCUGGUGGUCCCCCCGCACCUGGCACACGGCGAGAGCGGAGCCCGGGGGGUCCCUGGCAGUGCUGUGCUGCUGUUUGAGGUGGAGCUGGUGUCCCGGGAGGACGGGCUGCCCACGGGCUACCUGUUUGUGUGGCACGAGGACCCUCCUGCCAACCUGUUUGAACACAUGGACCUUAACAAGGAUGGCGAGGUCCCCGUGGAGGAGUUCUCCACCUUCAUCAAGGCUCAAGUCAGUGAGGGCAAAGGCCGCCUCCUGCCUGGCCAGGAUCCUGAGAAAACCAUAGGAGACAUAUUCCAGAAUCAGGAUCGCAACCAGGAUGGCAAGAUCACCGCUGAGGAGCUCAAGCUGAAGUCGGACGAAGACCAGGAGCGGGUCCAUGAGGAACUCUGAAGGGCAGAGGCCUGGGCCUGGAGGCAAAGGCCCACGUCGAAGGGGACAGUGGGCAGUGGGCUGGCUUCCCAACAGCCACCCUCCCCUCUGCCGGGAUGAGGUCUGGAAGCAUCUAGAGAGUGGCCAGAGGGGACCACUCUGGUCUUCCCACUGCCUGAGAGUAAAAUCCACAGCACAGACCUCUAUUCGGUUUUUCUCUCCCAACCCCAAGCCCCUUCCUUAGAAGUUUUGGAAUUACAAAGCCACCCGGGGGGAUGGUAGACUAUGGGGGUUGGCCGCCCCUCACUCAGACCUUCCCUCCUUGUCACCACUGAGCAAGACCAAACUCAUUCAUUUCCAACUUCCCCUUUACCUGUAUUUACCCUCGCCAUCUUCAACCCCCACCUGCAGCCUGCAUUCCUCUGUCCUGGCAUCUCCCCAAGAACAUGAACCCCCAGCUUUCCUCCCUCAGCUCUGGCUGGUUCCUAGGGAAAGGGGGCAGUUCCAGGGGGGGCAACCCUACCUCACCUUCACCUGUCCCAUCCCCCUUCACGGUGUGGUGGUGGCCGAAGUGCUCCCAGGGUGCUAUACAUCAGAGCUGGGCUUUGGGUCACCUUUCAUCCCUAAGGAAGGUUGCCUUCUCCAGGGACCAAGGGCCAAGAAAAAAAUGAAGGGGUGGGGAUGAGGGAACCUACUUGGAUGGAUCUGAGAGCUAUGAAACCCUUGGUUUAGGGCUGAAAGGUGGAAGAGGGGCUCAUUGGGGACUGAGGGGUGACAGGGGGGGUGGGCAAAGCUCUGCACACUCUGAAGACUAAACUGUUGUCAGACCCCCCUUCUCCUUUGUGCCAAAAUAAAACACUAAACCAGA